AAUUUUAGGUUGUUGAACCAGGUAACGCUACAACAACGGCAUACAAAUGGCCUGCAUGCAGCGUGUACAGAAGUCGGUCGCUGCGCGCGGAGACCAGCAAGUCGCUUCCGCUGUCGCGAUCCAACCCCGUAUUUCAGCCAAACCUCUCCUGGCAGGUCGUCCCAUUGUUGCCGACUCUUCGGCACUGUUGCUUGUCGGCCGGGCUGCUCGCCAGCAGCUAAAGGCCACCGCGGCACCGCCUGCACCUGCGCCGAGCUCUAUGCCAAGCAAGGCGAUGACAGGGAAGCCUAGGGCACUUAUUUCGCUUUCGGACAAAACCAAUUUGGACAUGCUCGUGAAGGGCCUGGCAGAGCUGGGCAUCGAGAUUAUCUCUACUGGUGGGACUGCAACCGCUAUCCAGAAUGCCGGUGUGCCAUGCGCCAAGGUGGAGGAUGUUACCGGCUUUCCGGAGAUGCUCGACGGCCGCGUAAAGACGCUGCACCCUGCCGUACACGGCGGCAUCCUGGCCGUUCGUGACAAGCCCGAGCACAUGGCCGCUAUUGCCCAACACAACAUUGGAACCAUUGAUCUGGUCAUUGUGAACCUGUACCCCUUCCGCAAAACUGUCACCUCCGACCCCGCACCGCCGUUCGAAGUUGGCGUGGAGAACAUCGACAUCGGCGGCCCCGCCAUGAUCCGAGCUGCCGCUAAGAACAUGGCGCACGUGGCCGUGGUGGUGGACCCCGCGGACUAUCCGCAGCUGCUGGAGGCCUUGAGGGGGCGUCAGGCCGGCGCGGAGGGGGCGGAGGCGGCGCUCUCUGAUCUCAGGAAGAAGCUGGCCUGGAAGGCGUUUCAGCACUGCUCGUCGUACGACGCCCAGGUUUCGGAGUGGUUGUGGAGUCAGGUAGGGUCGGGUCCGGCCCCCCAGAUGACCGUACCGCUGCAGCUGGCGCAGGCGUUACGGUACGGCGAAAACCCGCACCAGGCCGCCGCCUUCUACACAGACUCCUCCCUGCGUGAGUACAACGCGGGAGGCGUGGCCACCAGUGUCGUACACUGGGGCAAGGAAAUGUCGUACAACAACUACCUGGACGCCGACGCGGCUUACCAGUGCUGCUGCGACUACUCAGAGCCGACGUGUGUGAUCGUGAAGCACACCAACCCCUGCGGCAUCGCCUCCCGGGGGGAUCUUCGGGAGGCGUACCGCCUGUCCGUGAGGGCGGACCCCAUCUCCGCCUUCGGGGGUAUUGUGGCAUUCAACCGGGCUGUGGACGCGGACCUGGCCCGGGAGAUUCGGGAGUUUAGGUCGCCCCAGGACAACGAGACCAAGAUGUUUUACGAAAUCGUCAUCGCGCCGGGCUACACCCCGGAGGGCUUGGAGGUGCUCAAGGGCAAGUCUAAGAACCUGCGUAUCCUGGAGGCCAAGCCCCGCGCCCCCUCGGGUCUGUCUCUCCGUCAGGUGGCGGGCGGCUGGUUGUGGCAGGACGCGGAUUCCCUGUCGCCGGAGGGCAUCUCCUUCAAGUGCGUGUCGGAGGCGCAGCCCACUUCUCAGCAGCUAGAGGAUUUAAAAUUCGCCUGGAGGGCGGUGAAGCACGUCAAGUCCAAUGCAAUUACCAUUGCCAAGGACGGCCGGUUGCUAGGCAUGGGCUCGGGCCAGCCGAACCGUGUCAACUCCGUGCGCAUUGCCAUCGAGAAGGCGGCUGGGGAGGUGCAGGGCGCCGUGUUGGCAUCCGACGCGUUCUUCCCCUUCUCGUGGGGUGACAGCGUGGAGAUCGCGUGUAAGGCCGGUGUCAAGGCCAUCGUGCAUCCGGGCGGCUCGCUCCGGGACCAGGACGCCAUUGACUGCUGCAACAAGUACGGCGUCGUACUGCUAACCACGGGCGUGCGGCACUUCCGGCAUUGAGCAGCGUUAAAGGAAAAGCGACAUAUAUACAUAUCUGGUCGAGAACUUGUGCACAAAGUAAAAGACGGGAAGGUUUUCGUUCGUCUUUUGUUUUCACCCAAGGGGAUUCGAUCUGGUGACCUGACUGCGGGGAGAUUCAGGGAGCUGGCGGGCGGGCGGGCGGGCGGGAAAAUGCAUCUCGACGAUGGAUCAUGCAGCCAGGGGGGGGAUGGUUGACAUAUUGCGGGUGCGUGAUGAUGAUGAUGAUGAUGAUGAUGAUGAAUGACACUGAAAACACCGUCAUGUACUUAGGGAUAAGUUGGUGCGCACAAACACUGACCCACUCACCCGCGUUUGUUCAGAAGCACCGCAGCAAGACCGUGUACGUGCACACACGUGCACAGAUGUCUAUGUGCGCUGCGUGCUUUUAAAUUGCAUGGUUUGAUUACUGUUCGUACAUGUACGGUUCGGCGAAGCUGUCUUUCCUUCGUUGCUUGGAUGUCGCUGUGCAUGCUCACUGGCAAUUUCUUGCCAGUGGAAUUGUCAGUCUUUUCGACAGAAUGACUUGCCGAUGAGCCAGAACGGAAUUUCUCGGGGGCUCGGGAGGAGGAAAGGUGAAUGGUGGGCACACAGGCGAUGUGAUGUGAUGUGAUGGGUUGUGCGGGUGGGAGUAUGCAUGUGCAUCUUGGUGGCCUAUGCCGGGCCGCUGAUUUGCGACUUGUGCAGCAGCAGCAGCAACAGCAUGGACCAUUUGGCUGAUCAGGUUGUCGAGGCUGGUGGUUUAGCCCCUUGCUCUGUUGGCGAUACAUAGUUAACAAUGAUAUACGCUUGCGUGGUUCGGAUACGUUGAUGCAGUAAGCAACCCUAAGCUGAUCAAGCGAAUAAGAUCUUUUUGACCACUAGAGAUGGGACUAUUAAGAGGUGAUGCGCCGAUAGUCCGUACAGUGGCACGGUAGUGCGUAUAGUCCGAUAGUACGGUAGUGCGUGCAGGAAUUUUGCUUCUUUAGUUUCCCGGUGAAUCAUGGUGUGUGUGUCUGCUGUGUGACUGGGCCCAGCCCCCAUGACAUGCGUGGAGUUUGCCAGCCAGCUGUGGGGACGUAGCUAGCGAUGGUCUGAGGAAAGCAUUUAAACUUGUUCUUGUCGU